GUAGAACUGAUCUUCCACUUGUGACUAAAGGCAAGCCAAAGAAAAAGAUAAAUACCUCCAGGUCAUUUCCAUGCGCGCUCAACUGAAGUCUCAUCUCGCGAGGAUAUGUCGGUUUUCUCUCGAUGGAUGUCAGGAGCGGGUGUACCUAAUCGAAGGAGCGAACCGCGCGCGUCGCUGCGUGCCGCCCGCUCGCUCACGCGUCUCGUCGUGUGACCGGUGCGCGCGCCUGCGACCAGUGUGCGCCUCGCGUCCUCUUGCUCUCCGUCGCCAAAGUUUGCCGCGAACCGGCCGAGCGUACCCGCGGGCGCGUUUUCCUGCGAGAAGUUUACUUGCGUUUGGAAGAUGGAGAGCGCCAGUCCGCUCGAGACGUGGCCGCAGCGAGCCGGCAACGCUUCGGCGUGGAGCCGCAACGCCAACGCCAGCGCCGGCGCCGGCGACGAAGGCUGGGAGCAGGACGCCUUGUCGCCCAUCAUCCCCAUCAUCACCGCCGUCUACUCGCUCGUCUUCGUGGUGGGAUUGCUGGGCAAUUGCCUGGUCAUGUAUGUCAUCAUCAGAUACACCAAGAUGAAAACAGCCACCAACAUCUACAUCUUCAACCUGGCCCUAGCCGACGCCCUGGUCACCACCACCAUGCCCUUCCAGAGCACCGACUACCUACUCAACACAUGGCCCUUCGGUCAGGUGGUGUGCAAGGUCUUCAUAGCCAUCGACUAUUACAACAUGUUCACCAGCAUCUUCACGCUCACCAUGAUGAGCGUGGACCGCUACGUGGCGGUGUGCCACCCGGUCAAGGCGCUGGACUUCCGUACCCCCGUCAAGGCCAAGGUGAUCAACGUGUGCAUCUGGAUCCUGUCCUCGGCCGCCGGCAUUCCCGCCUUCGUCCUGGGCGACACGCAGACAAACCUCGGCAUCACGGAGUGCGCCUUACAGUUCCCCGAGCCGUACGUCUACUGGGACACUCUCAUGAAGAUGUGCGUGUUCGUGUUUGCCUUUGUGGUUCCGGUUCUGAUCAUCACCGUGUGCUACUCCCUGAUGCUCCUGCGGCUCAAGACGGUCCGCAUGCUCUCUGGCUCGCGGGUGAAGGAUCGAAACCUGCGUCGCAUCACCCGGUUGGUGGUGGUGGUGGUGGCCGUCUUCGUGGUGUGCUGGACCCCCAUCCACAUCUUCAUCCUGAUCAAGGCGUUGGUCAGCGUGCCCGAGACCACUGCCAUCAUGGCCGCCUAUUUCUUUUGCGUGGCUCUGGGCUACACCAACAGUAGCCUUAACCCCAUCCUCUACGCCUUCCUGGACGAGAACUUCAAGCGCUGCUUCAAGGACUUCUGCACCUCAGCCAGGCUCAGGCGGGAGAAGGCAUCCAGGAGCAGGAAGGCAGCGCCGGAGGCGGUGCGGGAGGCUGCCGUACCCCUGAGGAACCCGGAUGAAAAUAGUAAGCCCGCAUGACUAGCGGUGGAACUGUCUUCCAUUUCUCACGCUGAAAAAGAAGACUCCCGAGACUUGGGUCUGACCCACAUCACCACUGCACUGUAGACCUGGUGGACAUU